AGCUAUUUGAACAACGGCGAAUACAGCGACCUCGAGGUCCGCUGCGGGAGCAUCACCUACAAGGUUCACCGGCUCGUCUUGUGCAGUCAAAUAGAGUUCUUCCGGAAAGCGUGCAACGUCUGUUGGAGAGAGGGCAAAGAAUGCGUUGUUGAUCUCAGCCACGACGACGCCUACGCUGUCGACGCGCUGCUUCGCUAUGCCUAUACUGGCAAAUGCGACAUCUUUGCGGAGAACGUCGCGCCUAGUCGGAAGGCCCUUCACUACGUGCAGAUAUACGCAAUCGGAGCUAAAUACGAAAUCACCGGUUUACAGGACUUAGCGAAGGACUAUCUGAAGCCUCUCCUCGACGCGCACCGGAACGAGGGUUGGCUGGCGGAAGUCAUCCGUCUGACCUACGAGACUACAAUUCCUACCGACCGAGGCCUCUGCGACAUCGUUGUCGAUAUCAUUGUCGAACAGCAUGGGAUCUAUGCCGAGCAAGAC